AUGAAGCCUUGUACGAAAGGAAAUGUAGAUCUCCGAUAUGUUAGAAUGAAGUUGGGGAUAUGGUCUUGCUUGGACCUGAGAUUGUGGAAACAAUCACUGAAAAGAUUAAAGUCAUUCAGCAAAGGCUCAAAACAGCACAAAGCUGACAAAAGAGCUAUGCAUAUAAGGAGAGCUCUUGAGUAUGUAAGGGUAAUUCUGAUGAAGAGUCAAUUGACGUUUGGCAAGAAAGGCAAAUUAUCACCUCGAUACAUUAGGUCAUUUCAGAUUCUGAAAAAGCUUGGUUUGGUUGUGUAUCGAGUUGCUCUACCACCAGGAUUGGAACAAAUGCAUAAUGUGUUUCAUGUGUCGAUGUUGAGGGGCUAUCUCCGAAAUCCAUUCCAUGUUAUUGACCAUCACCAAAUAGCUCUCGAUGAUGAUAUGAUCUAUGAAGAAAAGCCAAUUCAAAUUAUCGAUCGACAAGUCAAGCAGUUGAAGAACAAAUCGAUUCCUAUGGUAAAACUAGAAUAG